UAAGUGAGCACAGUACGAGAGUCCUCCUACGAGACUAUCUCUAUGGUGGAACUAGGACCCCACGCAGGCGGAAGAGAACUCAUUUCUGUGGAUGUGUGCAGCCUCACACUAGAGGAGACUGAGCAAUCGAAGCCACUGUGCCAUGAUCAAGAGAAGAUUGCAUUGCUUUGAGGGUAAUCUUCCAAAGUCAUUAGUCAAUUGUACUUUUCUUGAGGUACUUGAUGUCGGAAGCAAUCGUAUUAAUGACACUUUCCCAUCAUGGUUAGGAAGUAUUCCCAUGUUGCAAGUUCUUAUCCUGAGGCAUAACAACUUCUACGGGAAGAUAACAACCCCAUUCCGUGGUUCAGUUUGUAAUGAUUUUCACAGGCUGCGUAUAAUUGAUCUGUCAUAUAAUUAUCUCACUGGUAACUUGCCAUCUGGGUAUUUUCAGAGUUGGGAUGCAAUGGCAAUUUCAACUGAAAACUUAUCAAACUCAUCCAAUUCUUUAUUUUUUAUGUAUUAUGUCGAAAACUAUCAAAUUUGGCCUUAUGAUGAGAUUUACAAUUAUGUUGUCACCAUAACAAAUAAGGGGAGUGAAAUAUUUUACCCAAAGAUAUUGACCGUAUUGCGAGUCAUUGAUUUUUCAAGCAAUAAGUUCACAGGUAGAAUCCCUAAGGACAUUGGGAAUGUUAGAGGACUUCAGACACUUAAUCUAUCCAACAAUAAUCUUGUAGGUCCUAUCCCAUCUUCUCUGGCCAACAUUACAGGCCUCGAGUCCUUAGACCUUUCUGAAAACAUUCUUUCAGGUUCGAUCCCUCGGGAGUUGACAGUGUUAAACUUUCUUGAGGUCUUCAAUGUUUCACACAAUCGUCUAGUUGGACCAAUACCCGAAGGAGAACAAUUCAAUACUUUUGACAAUAGUUCCUUUGUUGGGAACUUGGCAUUGUGUGGAGCUCCAUUGUCUCAAAAAUGCAAGAAAGACUCCAUUCCAUCAUCACCUCCACAUAACGCAACAAAUGAUGAAGAGGAUACUGAGUUGAUUGAUUGGAUCAUCAGAUCAUUGGGGUGUGUAAGUGGAUUUAUAAUCGGCUAUGUCAUUGGGAAGAUAUACGUGGAUGAUCGACAUCAUGAUUGGUUUGUGGAGACUUUUGGAAGGAUAACGAGGCCGAAAAAAGAGUGAUGAGGAGGUCAACACAAAGGCUCAGGAGAAAUUGAAAAAGCUGUAGUUGCAAGGCUUCCUAUCUUUUUGUUUCCUAGUACAGUGUUUUUUGCUUAUGUCUAUCUUGUGUAUUAUCCAGUGUUAUGUCAUGUAAUAUUUUGCUAGCUAUAUGAAUAAGAUAGCACCCUAUGAGAAUGUGUUAAAUUUUUGAACAAGGAAGAGGAGAGUUUGGGCCACAAACAAGGCUUUGGAGCUUCCAUACUAAAACCAAUUGGCAAUAGUAGGAGUAACUCCUCUACCUUAUAAAGUGGAACUAACUCUCCUCUUUCUCCAAUGUGGGACACUCACAAGUGGGCUACAAUGGGUUUCAACACCAUGAUAUAUUCCUGCUGUGACCUGUGACAUUUUAUCAAAACUUAUUCCUAACAUUAUUGUGCUGCUUUUGUUAUCAACUUUGUU